AUGAAGACAUUAGAAGAAGCCUUUCGUGGCAGCAGUCAAUCCACACCUUACGCCUCAGCAAUUAAAGUUAACGUUUGUGGAGUUGGCCCAGUUAUUUCGUACAAAAAUGCAGGUGGUGAAAAGCGCCAAUCAACAGUCAUUGGCUUUGCGGACAACACAAUGGCUGUAAAAGGAGUCUUGUAUGACUCGGCAAAACUACACCUCAUGAAAGAGGGACAAACUGUUAUACUGUUGAAUGUCAUCCUUAAAAAUGAUGUAGGCAAAUCAAUUGUCAUGACCAACAGAAGCAAAGUCCUUAAGACUGGUCCUAUGGAAGUCCCAGCAUCAUUAAUACAACGGGGAAAAGACAUCGCACGUCCACCUCCUGCUGCUGAGGAAGAGAUUGAAAGGUCCGUAAGGGUUAACGGGGAGGAUACCCCAGUUAGGACUAUUAAAGUAAAAGAUGCAUCGGGUUCCUGCAAAGUCUCCUUGUGGAGGGACUUGUGUAAGGAGAAAACUUCCGUUGGCAGCCACAUAAGUAUAACAAAUGUUGUUGUACAGCUGUACAAUGAUGAGAAGAGCGUAUCAACGACGACUCGUACAAACAUUGAGGAAGUUGAUACCCCAGUUAUUCACAGAAGAGUUGCUUUCAUUGGCUUCGAGUGGCUGGAGGAAAAUUUGGCAUCCCUUACUGCUGAUGAUGCCAAUGGAGAGUAUGAAGAAUUUAAAAUUAGCAGUGAAGCCCUGGCGCAUUACUUGGAAUGUCAACUUCAUGAAGUGGAGUCUGUUUUACUUUGCAAACUUCCACUGACUGCAGAAAUUAAAAAUUGA